AUGGGAUUUUCUAUUAGUAAAUCUGCUACUCGGGUAUCUGCUAUGUGUAUGGAUGCAAAAGUGGAUGAUCACUUAACUCAAGGGACUGAGAAAAGCAAGUUGGAACCAGUGACUCAGUUAUUUCAAAACACUAAGAAAAUAAGAUUAGAAGACACAAACCAAGAAAACCUUGCAGGAGAUAAAGAGACUGGCACAGGAUCUCUCUCUGAGAAAGCCUUGGGGUCAGUAGUUUAUGUUAAAGAAAGUGAUGGAAUAGAAAUGACAGAUGUGGAAUGA